UAUGUCCUGUAAAGAGUGUAAACUCUUUACCAAACCCCCACAAAAAGUCAAAGUACAAUUAGAAGUUGAGCGUCCCUGAUAAUUUUUUUCCUUACUCCACUGACCAAAUUUCGGAAUGAACAUGUUUGUCAUUCCUAGAUGCAAGCUCUAAAAUUCACCAAAUAAUGGCCAUCUCAAGAAUAUCAACACUUGCAUGGUGUAGAAAAUUAAGCAAAAAGGACAUAAUCACUGCAAUUGUUGGUUUAUCACUCAUAUUUUUCUCUUUCUCAUUCAUUUUCAAUUCCCCUAAAAAAACUGCACUCAUCACUCUUAACUCUGAUUAUGUCCCAUUAACUCUCCUUCGCAAUGCCAAGCAAAGAGGAGCCUUUUGCUUGGAUGGGAGUUUGCCCGGAUAUCAUUUCCAGAAUGGGUUUGGAUCCGGAUCUGACAAAUGGGUUCUUCACAUUGAGGGUGGAGGUUGGUGUGAUUCAAUUGAAACAUGUUUACUAAGGAAAGCGACAUCAUUGGGUUCCUCAGAAUACAUGGAUCGACAAGUUCAAUUUUCUGGAAUUUUGAGCAAUGAUCCAGCACAGAAUCCUGAUUUUUUCAACUGGAACAAAGUCAAGAUACGUUAUUGUGAUGGUUCAUCUUUUACAGGGCACCCGAAUAAUGAACUUCAUAAUGGAACAUCUCUUUUCUUUAGAGGUCAGCUCAUAUGGGAAGCAGUAAUGGAUGAACUUCUAGCUAAGGGAAUGUCUAAUGCUAUACAGGCUCUUCUUUCAGGAUGCUCUGCCGGUGGGCUUGCUACUAUGAUACAUUGUGAUGACUUUCGUGCUAAGUUGCCGAAGAUUGCUAUUGUGAAGUGUCUUGCUGAUGCAAGUUUUUUCCUUGACGAGAAGGAUAUCAAUGGAAGGCGCACUAUGCAGUUAUUCUAUAAGAAUGUGGUUAAUCUUCAUGGUGCAGCCAAAUCAUUGUCAACUGAUUGUGUUGCCAAAAUGGAGCCAUCCUUGUGUUUUUUUCCUCAACAUAUUGUUGGAAGCAUAAAUACCCCAUUAUUUCUCGUCAAUCCAGCAUAUGAUUUUUGGCAGAUACAACAUGUCUUGAUACCAGUUGCAUCAGAUCUCCCCGAGGAAUGGCAAAGAUGCAGACUGAAUAUUCAAAAUUGUAAUUCCCAUCAACUGGACAUAUUACAAGGUUUCCGAAGCUCCUUGCUAAAUGCACUUAGUGAAUUUAAGAAGACGACGGAAUGGGGAAUGUUCAUCAAUUCUUGCUUCAUUCACUGUCAAACUUGGAUAAAAACAUGGCAUGGGCCCAAUUCUCCAAAAGUUACCAAUAAGACAAUUGCAGAGACUGUAGGUGAUUGGUAUUUCAACAAGGAACUGGCAAAGCGAGUUGAUUGCCCAUUUCCAUGUAAUCCGUCUUGUUUCAACAUGGACUUCACACAGGCUUGAUAUAGUAGAAUUCAUGACUUCCGGCUGUGGAUUGGCGGGUGGGUGAAUCGACAUAACAUCGAUAACUUAGAUUAAAAACUCCAUUGUGCCACCUCUUUUAUUGAAGCUUCAGUUGUAACAUAGAUUUUUUUUAUGAGCUCUUUGUUAUUAGAAAGAAGAAAUACCAAUUGAUUAUUAUUUUCUUACAAUUAAAUAGCUCAUUAUAUGUUGAUUUUGUAAUAUUGAACAAUAAAUUGAAUAUAGAAGAAA